AUGUUCCUAAAACCCGUAAACGUGGGGUCCCAAAGGCUGUGCAUCCCGCCAUUCUUCGCAUAUCAUGAAGGAACAAAAUAUGCUUGGGAUGAAGUAUGGGGAAAAUGGCGGGAGGUAUUUCUGGAGUGUCCAGACUCCAGAUCCCCUUUGACGAUGAUACCGAAUAAAAUUUUAUCCGGAAAGCUAUUCGCAGUUACCUUUAAUAAUGUUGCAGAUGGCAUCCUGGGCACUUUCCAACCUGCUCCAUUGUUGUCCUACAUAAUGCCGUCCAAUCUUUUUAUUCCGCUUCUGAUUUUGAAUGCGAAUGGUAUUAAUAUAUUUGGCAAAUCUGUGCAGGCGAUUCAAGGUCUUAUUACCUGGGUGGUUGGGUGA